CCCGCCGUUCUCACUCGCCCAGCUCUGCGGACGUGCUCGCUCCCGGAGGAAGGCACCCGCGCUGCCCCGGCGCCCGCAGCCGGCCGGAGCGCCCGGAGCCCGCGGAGAGGGGCCCCCGCGCCCCGCCGAGCCCCAGGGCCCCUGCGGAUGUGCGAAGCUCUCCUCCGGCGGCCCGUCCUCCCGCCGGCUUGCCUGCUGGGCGCACCGCCUCUUUGUCCUCCUGCACCUACAUUUUUUUUUAAUUUUUUUUUUUUUUUUUUAAGCAGACCUGAACAUCACCGGGGGCGGGGAGGGUGGGGGGCCCAGCGACGCUGCCAGACCGACCCUUGCCCAUUUCUCCUAAGGAACUCUCAUGGCUUCACAGCUGCAGACAAGUUGCCGUGCAUCUUGGUGGACUAUCGGAGUUUGCAUCCUGGCGGCCGCGCUCCUACCAGGGCUGCAAGCUCAGACUGUCUUAGUCAAUGACACAGUCUCGGGGUUUAUCGGGACAGAUGUGGUCCUGCACUGCAGCUUCACCAAUCCACUCCCCAAUGUGAAGAUCACACAGGUCACGUGGCAGAAAGCCACCAAUGGCUCCAAGCAGAAUGUGGCCAUCUAUAACCCUGCCAUGGGGGUCUCCAUCCUCUCUCCCUACAAAGAGCGAGUGACUUUCCGGAAUCCUUCCUUCAAAGAUGGCACCAUUCAGCUCUCUCGGCUAGAGCUGGAGGAUGAGGGAGUUUACAUCUGUGAGUUUGCUACCUUCCCAACUGGCAACCGGGAAAGUCAACUGAACCUCACUGUGCUGGCCAAGCCCACAAAUCGGAUGGAGGGCACCAAGCGGCCACUUAUUGCUAAGACUGGCAGGACAGAAAAGAUCUUGGUAGCUACCUGCACCUCCUCUAAUGGGAAGCCCCCCAGCACUGUCACCUGGGACACUAAGCUCAAAGGGGAAGCGGAGUUUCAGGAGAUCCGGAAUAGCAAUGGCACCAUCACAGUGAUCAGCCGAUACCGGCUGGUGCCGAGCCGGGAAGCCCACCGGCAGCAGCUAAUGUGCGUGGUCAAUUACCAGCUGGACCGCUUCACCGAUAGCAUGACCCUCAACGUGCAGUAUGAGCCAGAAGUCACUAUUGAGGGCUUUGAUGGCAACUGGUUUCUCAACCGGAAGGAUGUGAAGCUGAUAUGCAAAUCUGAUGCCAACCCCCCAGCUCACACCUAUGAAUGGAAGCUGCCAAACGGGACUCUGCCAGGGAGCGUGGAAAUCCAGAACAAUACCAUCUACUUUAAAGGGCCUGUCUCCUACAGCGUGGCUGGCACCUACAUCUGUGAGGCCUCCAACGCCAUUGGUACACGGUCGGGCUUGGUGGAAGUCAAUGUCACAGAAUUUCCCUACACCCCGUCUCCAAUCGAUGAUCGCAAAUCCAUGGUGCAGCCGAACAUCCCCACACCGGUGAUUGGGGGCAUAGUGGGAGGAGUCUCACUGGUCCUGGUGGUGGCCGUGGUGCUCUUUGUGGUACUCCGGCGUCGGCGUCACACCUUCAAGGGUGACUACAGCACAAAGAAGCACGUGUACGGCAAUGGCUACAGCAAGGCCGGCAUCCCGCAGCAUCACCCCCCCAUGGCCCAAAACCUCCAGUACCCUGACGACUCGGAUGACGAGAAGAAGCCGGGCCCACUGGGCGGCAGCACCUACGAAGACGAGGACGAGGAUGCGGGAGGUGAGCGCAAGCUGGGUGGCCCCAACAAAUACGAGGAGGAUGCUAAGCGGCCUUACUUCACAGUAGAUGAGGGGGAGGCGCACCCCGAACCUUACGAUGAAAGGACACUCGGCUUCCAGUAUGACCCUGAGCAGCUCGACAUAGCGGAGAACAUGGUCUCACAGAAUGACGGAUCUUUUAUUUCCAAAAAGGAGUGGUACGUGUAGCUCGGCACCCCACUGCUACACUCACACACACACACACACACACGCGCGCGAGUGAUGCCCUCCCACUCCCCCUGCAUCCCUGCCGAGCAGAGCCGAGUGGAGCCAAGCGUGCCGCAGCCGCUUGCACACACACUGCACGCACGCUCACCCCCCGCACACGCACGCACGCCCCCAGCCAGCCCCAGGCGCUCAGCAGAGACUUUGGACGCUUCCAGCACUGGCAGGAAGGGCGGGCUGGGGCGAGCGGGGAGGGAGGGCAGCUUUGCUUACAGAUCAUUUUGGGGGCGUAUGGGAGGUGGGAGGUUGGGUAAUUAUUUUCUUGGUUUUGGUUUUGCUUUUUAAUUUCUCUUGACGACUUUCGUCCCCUUCUGUGGUGUUUGUAUUGGUCGGUGGCUUAGGUGUUACUAUUUGCUUUAACGACUGUUGCCCAGCCUGUAUAUUACACUCUGUUUGUGUCUUCAUGUCUCAGAGUGCCCUUUGGCCCCACUUCCCUCCCCAAGGUUCCUCCUCCCACUUCCGCACCCCUGAAACACUGGAAUUUGUUUGUAUGUUGUCUUCUUUGUUUGUUUUUUUUUUUAACCUUGGGAGGGGGUCAAGUGGGCUGUCCGUAGAAGGACAGAGGCCAGGAAAGCUUAUGGCAAUGGAAACAUAGGUGCCAUUAUCAGGUGAACUGAUUUUUUUUUCCCUAAUCACUUUCUUUUCAGUGGGGUCUGGGUAGCAUUCCCAUUGCCCACUGCAGGCCUGGGGAGAUCCACUCCCAGUUUUUAAUGACUCAAUAAAAGGAAAAUGAGGAGAAAGGGGGGAGAAAAAGCCCUAGAACAAACACCAGGUGCAUGGGCUGAUAGCAGGGCAGGGAAACAGAGCUGCCAUUUUCCUCCUACAAUUUAUUAUUUCUUGGCUUUUCAUUUUCUGUCUUUGUUUGAGUGUUCUUUUAAAAGAAAGAAAAUGAGUAUUUAUUGCUGACUUUUUUCCCCCUGUGAUGGCUCAGAGAAAUGCUGGCUCUUUUUGUUCUUGUUGCUGUUGUUGUUGCUAGUACCAGCCACAGAGCAGUUAACUCUGGCACAACGAUUGUGCACGGCGUAUGGUGUCGUGCACACACCUUGCUGCCAUUGCCUGGGGAAGGGGACCAACCACUUUGCUUCUCCCACAAACUCACUGCCUUCAGCUCUGGUCUGCAGACCCUGGCAGGGCAAAUCUCCCAGGGUACCAUCCAGUGUCUUUGAGGGCUUCGAUACAGCAUCAGGCCCCUAGUUUUAUUGUACCACUAAGACUUAAUUGUCAUGUGUUUACACUUUUUUCUUUUGCGUGUGUCAGAGCAUGGGGGUGCUUCUCUCUAACUCUCCUAGCAACAACCCCAGCCCUUAGAUAUAUUGCUUAGUCUGCAUUGAUUGCCACUUUUUCAAUAUCACAUCCCUCUUCUAAGCAAAGGCUUGGUAGACAGGGCAGGAGUGAGUGAGCCUGGGGUAUUGAUCUUGUCCUCCUUCCCUUGAGCCACUGUGUUGUGAUGGGGAGGCUUGGAUUGCUGCUAUCUCUGCUCUGUGGAUAAAUGGGAUUCCAGACUUCAGGGCCCUCUGUCUGACACUGAUCAUAUCCAAAUUAGAUUCACUGGGUUGGGGCUUAUUUUUCUUCUUGUGGGUUGGUGGUUUGUUUGUUGUUUUUUUUUUUUUAAUUUGAUGUAUAAAUAAAUCUUUUGUUUGAAAAGAAAUCCCCAGUUUUCUGAGCUGUAUUAUCAUGCACAUCUAAAAAUAGCAGGACUAAUUCUCCUCCUGCCUUACCCGCUGGGUUUUGUUCCAUAGCAUCCAGUGGUUAUCCUGCUACAAAAGGGAGGGUGGCGAGUCAGACCCACGCAGAUGAGUCAAGGUCAGAUCUCUGAUCCAGGCAACCUCCAAUGCUUUCCUUUAACGUGUGGUGCUUGGUCCAGACAACGUGAAGCUCAGCCUGAGCCAUCCACAGUUUGUAGCUUGUUCUUACUGCCUUAGUGGUGUAGGGGAGUGGGAAAUCCAAUUGUUACACUCUAAUCUUUCUGCCGUUCCUGCCAGCCCUCCAGGCUUCCUGGCUUCUGGCAAAACAGCCAAAUGCCACAGGAAGGCUGCUUUAUAUCAACUCAAAGCAGGGCAGAGAUUCCCUUGGGAUCUCUCAGGCUGAACCUUAAAAAAUACGGCUAAACCUUCCCAAGUCCAUCCACUGCCACCGGGAGCACCCUGCUACCAAGCAAGCCCCCAAUAAAGAAAAUGAAAUCUCUAACAUCUCUCCGUAUCUCUGAUUACUAGUAGGGGCUGACUGUUAGGGGUGGUUGUAAACCUGCAGAGGGAAUGACUUCCAUCCAGUGCCUUGGGAUAACAGCAUACACAGGGCUUUAAUUCCCCGAAGUGUGAACCCUGUAAUCCGGAUCAGGACAGAGCAGCAUUGCUGAGCACUGUACCUUAGCCACAGCUUACUUUAAGGUAACAUGGGAUACACUGCAGAGCCUGCAGAGUUUGUGGUUCUCAACAAAGUCCAUCUCUCAGGUGAAUAAUCCUUUAGAUCUGAAUUUCACAACUAGGCUCUAAAAAGGGUUGUGACGACAUCUCCAACACCAAUCUCUGGGUGGUCCGUGGCCAAGCGCAGAGUGGAAAUCGGUGGCACAGACCCUCGUCUGCAAAUUUCCCCCAUGCAGAUACAUACUGUGGGGAGAUAGAUUUGGAAGAAAACAACCUUUUAUAAAAUCUGCAGGGUCCAGCAGCGAUUUUUUCAUGUUCUGCAUUAGUCACAGGCAGGGGCCACUGAUCUGAUCUGGCAAAUUCACAUUGCACUGACUCCACAGCACUGUGGGGCCCUAGCCCACAGUGAAGCUGUGUCCUGAAGACCAAAGGUACAAAGCCUUGCAGACGGGCCUGGGAGAGAACGGGACAGUACAACUGUUCCUGAGUUAAGGUAUGGCUUGCAGGAAAUAUGAACAAGGAGUCCUAAGAUACAUGCUUUGGUACUUAUUAGCCGUGCACUUAGAGGUGUCAUUUUUUGAGAUGUAGCCUCCUUGGCUUAUUCAUUGCCCGUUCACACACUGUCCACAUAGUUAGCUGAAUGGGGGCUCAAAAAACAGUGGGUCUCAGAGAAAGAAAAGGAGAUAGCACAGCAAUAUGGUAUUUCCAAGCUGGAGCCUAUAUACAAUUCCCUUUCUGCUACAUCACACUUUUUGCUCCCCAAUACUGCGCCAGCACAAGUCUAGGAAAGCGCUCAGCCACUUAGCUCAUCAGAGCAGUUCAGAAGAGGGGUCAAAUGAUUAUUUUUCAUCCAGAACCUGGGCAAGCCUGGAGUGGAAGAUCCUUAGACAGUAUUACCUGACACAGCAGUGAGGUACCCUGCAAGUUCAAGGUUCAGUAGUGCAUUCCUCUCAUGCUUGGGCCCUUCAGCAUUACUCCAUUGGUGCAAUUAUUCCCACAGCCAUAGAGAUAUGCCACCUCUAUGCAGUGAUUUGCUUCUUGCUGUCCCUUGCAAGGUCAGCUAAUUGGCCAAGAGAUUUUUGGGGUGGUAGUUAGCCAAGUGAUUAGCCAUUAAUCCAUAGCAAGGUAGAACAAAAAAGAAGCGGGGGGAAUCAGAUUGAUGUUUCAUCUGAGAGCCGUCUUGAUCCAGUAAUAGCUCCACUCCCUUCUCUGGGUUAAAUUGCUCUGAGGGGGCCCUUGAAGGUAAUUCGAUCAGGUUUUCCACCAGCAUCGGGGGAAAAUGGUACCUGUCUCUACCCAAAUGCAGGGGUGAGCUCAGUAGAGGUGCCAAAUUGAAGACCAUGUGCAUCCUGCUUCGUGGGAGGUUCUGCAGGGGAGUGAAGGUGCUGGCGACCGUGCAGUACUCACCCCGCAGGGGCAAUCUGCCUGGUGGCCCCAAGGGCCUCCUGGUGCCUGGGCUGUGAGGGGAGGCAGAGGGGCAAUCUGUUCUUUCCUCGGGGGACGGUGUCACUUGUCCCUUUGUACCUCAAUUUCUUGCAACGGGCCAGAUUCUGGCAGGCUGGAGUCAAGCUGCCAAUUUUAAGUGGUGAUGCACUUUUCACAGCUGCGCACAUGAGCUCGCAGGCUGGGCCACCUCUCCGAGGGACCCUCAGGCUGCCUCGAGUGAAAAAUCCCUUGCUUCUCUGUCCCCCUUUCAUCAGAGGUGCUAAGGAGGCAUAAAACGUCCCUGUGGGACCCGGCAAAGAGCAAGCUUCCAGUUGGGAGAUGGAAGCUGUUUGUUGUGGUCCCAGCUUUGCAGCCAGCAGCAGAAGAUGGGGUGGGAACCUCCUGGCUACCCCUCUGGUCAGAGUGGAGCGCAUCCCCAUCCUCUCUUAGUUCCCAACACCUGCUGUGGGCAGUGUUGGCCGCCUCUCUGCCUAGGUGCUAGGGAGCUGCUGCUCUCCAGGAAAUGCCCCAUUUAUGCUGAACCUGAACUGGUGUGUCCCAUUAGUUAUACCCAAGUUGGCUUUCUGCCUGGGAAGUGCCAUUGCACUGCUUGGGGACUGGGUAUCGGCAAAGUGCCGCGGAGGCACAGCCGGUUGCCGUACCUCCAUUUGAAGGGAUCAUUGUCCAGAUCCCUUUGCUGGGUUCUUGCCAGUGAACAGACAUAUCAGCAUGGUGCUUUUCCCUUCCCAAGCCCUGAUCCUGGAUGGCAACUUGAAGCAAAACUUGGGGUACCUCAAGGUUAAGAUGGGCUGAUGGAAAAGCUGAACAGGCAGAUGAGAGGGAGGUCAGUCUGCGCCCUGUGGUACAUUGCUCUGGGUCUUGCCACCAUCUCAGCAAAGAAAAUGCAGGUGAAUUUGGGCCGAGCACCCAGGUCCUUCCUUGCGUGUAAUCAGGGAGCUGUACUGAAGCAGACACAUCUGUGUCACAACCCAAACCGAGCCUGUAGUUUAUGUACAAAGACAACCCAGCUGUUUUCCUGCUGGGGCUUAUCUCUAGGAUUAUUCAUUGCAAUUCACCCUAGUAAUGUUAUUUUCCCUUAUUUAAUUACCAGAUUUUUUUUCCCCUGUUGUUAAAUCAUUUUCAUUCAGCCAGGGGAAAAAAAAUUAAAAAAAAACCCUGAAGAUUUCUUAGUAAAAAAAAUCAAACAAACUGAAAUGGUAGCACCAAAUUGAUUGCAAAGACAUAAGGGACAAAGGGAGCCAUUUUCCUGAUGUUGAGUCAAAAAAGAAACACAGCAACUGUUCAGCAGAAAUCACUGAGGGUUACAGAGAGAGAGAUUCAAAAGAUUGAUCUUCAAGCAAUUAGAGAAGGGAAUGCAAUUAGAACGGGAGGUGCUGCUCUCCUUGCUGGUUUUCUUUCCCAUACACAAGCACACACACACACGCGUGCACACACAGGUUUUUGGAGUUCGAGGCACUGGUCAUUAUGCUCAAGAGUGGAGGUGAAAACCCCAUUGCCCAGCUCAGCGCAGGAGUCAGGCGAAUGUGUCAUGCCUGCAGGCUGUACAAAGCUCGAAGGUUUCAUACCGUGGAAAUGGGGGGGGGUACCCCAGGCCCAUUUUGUUCAAAGAGGAAGAGCAGUGGGGCAGGUUGUAGCCUUUUGCCAGCAGGUUAAAAUUCACUGUAAGGUUCCCACGUUCACAACCGCUCCUUGUUGUAGCACCGACAUUUUCGGGUCUGUUUGCUCUUCUGGGCUGUGGGCAGCGGGCCCUGGUGGGGAGAGGAGACGCUGCCAGCAUCGUGUGCACUGAUGCCUGUUCUUUAUUCUGCGGGGCUUAUGAUAGCACUUUACCCUCCCCUAGCCUGCAGUUCCCCCCCCCUUUCCCUCCCCUUCGUAUUUGAUGCAAUUUGCUGUCAAUUCGAGCAACUCCUUGAGAGAGGGAGGGGAAAGUGCGAAGGUCUGGGGUCCAACUGCUGCCUCACCAUCGCUCCUAAAACUCACCGGCCUCUCCCCAGGGGCUGCUGCUCUGCAGCAGGGGGUAGGGAGGGCCAAGGGCUGGACCUGGCAGAGGGGCCAGGGCAGAGCACAGCCAGGGCUGAGGUGCCAGAGCGGGGGGUGCUGCCUUCUGCAAUGGGGCGAAAGGGAGGAGUCAGUCCACCAGCAAGGAAGGAAAGCCAAGCCUUAGCGAUGGGGGGUGAGUUUGUACUUCAGACCAGUGUGACUUUCCAUAUGUAAUUUACCUGGGGGUGAAUGUAACAAGCAUAUGGAGUCAGACCCUCUGCUAGCAUGAACUGGUAUUGGUGGAGGUACUCUCACUGAGGAUCUGUUUUUUCUUUUCUUUUGCCUCUUUUUUUUUUUAACCAUGAUUCCCUAACUCCAGUGAUUUUAUCUCUCUUUUUGUUCUUCCUCUUGCUGUAAUUAUCAUUGUGGAAUAAAGACUACAGACAGACAAACAAACAACCGCAACCCCACUUUUUUUUUUUGUAAUCUGUGUUGUAAGUGCUUUUGUAAAAAAUAAAAAAUAAAAAUAAUAAUAAUGUAAUGGACUUUUAUGAUUUUUGUUUGGGUUUUUUUGUUUUCCAUCCUUUGUAAUUUGUUUGGGUCCGGGGGGGGGCAUUUUCAUGGUUAUAAUUUGUGUGGACGGGGUGUUGCAUCACCCUUCCUUUUACUUGUAUAAAAACCAAUAGUGGCUCAGCUGUGGAAAAAAAAUGUACUUUUUUAUAAAUAAAGAAUUUUAAAAAAAGA